CAUACGUCUAUUUGUUCGUUUUAUGGCGGGAGCGUCUGUGGCGGGAGAUCAUGGCGGACGACGGAAAAACUUCGGAAAGCGCUCCUUCGACGUCGAUUGACUUGCAGGACGAGAACAGUGUCACGCUACAAGACGUCCUCGACGAAGAACAGGAACUCGAAGACGACGCGGACGCCGUUUUGGGUGGCAGCGAUGAUAAAAACUGCACUUACGAUCAGGGCUACGUCAAGCGGCAGGCACUGUACGCAUGCAACACGUGCACGGGACCGGAUUCCCAGCCAGCGGGCGUGUGCCUGGCCUGCAGCUACGCGUGCCACGAGGGACACAAUCUCUACGAGCUCUACACAAAGAGGAACUUUCGGUGUGACUGCGGGAACGCUUCCUUUCCUGAAAGCAAUCCAUGCCGCUUGUGCCCGAGGAAAGCUGUCCGGAACGACGAGAACAAGUACAACCACAACUUUCACGGCAUGUACUGCACGUGCAAGCGGCCCUACCCGGACCCCGAUGACGACGUGGAAGAUGAAAUGCUACAAUGCAUCAUGUGUGAGGACUGGUAUCACGGACGGCAUAUUGGCGGAGCCAUGCCAGCAAACCGAGAUUACUACGAGGUCGUGUGCACUGGCUGCAUGAGCAGGCAUCCGUUCCUGUGGCAGUACUUCGCGCACGAAAUGGCGCUCUUGGAGGAGAAAGAGGACGUCAGCAUCUGUGAGGAGGAUGCGGAGAAGAAGCACUCGGAAGGAAGUUCCUCCGCUUCAACAACAACGGCGGAGAACGGAGUCAAAGUAGAAGGAAGCACAGAAAACGGUGUGGCCGUAUCCCACGAGAACGGCACUGAUGUUGCGGCAAGCGCGGCAGUCAAGGAGGAGCAUCCGAACCAGCCGAGUGCAGGCACGAGUGGCUCUCACAACGAGGUCAAGGUUGAAAAGCCGGCUGGAGAGGGCGGCCUGCUGUCUUCAACGUCGGUGUGCAUCCUUAAAAAUCUGAGGAGCACCGGUGACGACACGCAGGAGAAGCCUCACGACGAGUGCGCCUACUGGCCACGAGGAUGGAGGACGCGUCUUUGCCACUGCAUUCAGUGCCUGGUUAGUGCAGUAAUAUCAAAGCGUCAGUUUGUCGGUCAUUAAUUUUCCACUGAGUGC